AUGAAGCUCCCUUGUUACGUAGAGAUAAAAAGUUCUUCCGGCGGCCAAGGAAGACCAGCUCAAGCGAUUCUCGCAUUAAAAAACAAUAAUAAGAAUGAAGUCCAGCUGGUGGUUUACUUCGCGAAUAAACCUUUCAAAUUUUACGAUGUCAAAAAAUUACACACCGUAUUCGAGAGGUUCGUCAUCGGUGGCAAAGCCGGUCUUUAUUUUGAAAGUUUAGGCACCUACCUGUUCAUAAGUAAAGCGGACCCAGUAGCACUUAAGAAAUUACUUUCUGUGCUGAAGUCGAUAAUAACUGGUCGACAUGUUGCUAUCGAAGAUUUGUCCAGUUCCAGGCUAUCCGUGAAAAGAAAGGAUUUUGAAAACUUGCGAAAGUCAAUGAUCAUCACCAGUCGAGCAGAAUAUCCCUUUGAUAGUAGUCUUCCCCCGUAUCUGGAACUCUUCCAGGCUAACUUCUGCAGACUGUCGAGGUUUGACAAUCGCAUUUUGAACCUUAGUCAGUUGAGGUUUCUCGACCUAAGCAACAACAGUUUGGGCCAUGAUCUGAGUUGCAUCAAAUUUGGUCAGUUGGAGAACUUGAGAGAGUUGAAGCUCGCUGACAACAGAAUUUUGUCACUGCCAGAGAGUUUUUUCACUUCUCUUCCGCGAGGCUUAAUCAAUUUAUGUCUGAGCAACAACCUGCUGACAACCGUGCAUCCCAGUCUGUUUUCGAUUUCUCUGGUGCACCUGGAUUUGAGUCGCAACCUAAUUUCUGCUUUACCUGAAGAGAUUGUGAAAGUCAGAUAUUCACUCCGCUACCUCAACGUCGCCAAUAAUUUGCUGACGCGUUUUCAUUUUGGAAUUUUUCAUCUAAACGCUGUUUACAUCGAUAUUGUCGGUAAUCCGUUUGACACUUCAAAAAUAUUGGACGAAUCAGAUCAUUUUCUGCCUUCGCUUCUACACUACACUGCCAAGGCAGUGAAGGAUGCAAAACUUGUGCUACCAUUUCUUCCACCUCGAUGUCGCGACGCCCUAAACGAUUGUCCGGUAUGCGACGUUUGUGGUAAAGCUUGUGUUCCAGGAACAAUGACCAAAUUGUAUGGUUCCCGCCGCCUGGCUUGUUACGUGACGUUCAAUUUGCCUGAUGGACUUACGUAUGGAGGUGGUGCUGCUUGGCGUGGAUCGUACGGGUCUUGUUCAGAGUUGCUCACUGUUUACGGUGGUGUUCCGAUCGGAUCGUCAAUUUUUCCUUACUCCUCAUUGGCGCCAAAAAUGAUGCCGUUAGAUCAUGGGCGGUUGGCGGAUCAGUUUCCGCGAUCUGAAUCUUGUCGUAAGUUUCUUAUUUUCUUGGUGAACAGAUUUUUUGGCUCAUCCUGAAU